AUGCACCCCCCUGGUGCGUUCCAGUCCUGGCUGCGCUCUCACCGCCUCAGGUCCCACCAGCAUCCCUCAUUUCCUCUCUCUCCUCACUUGACCCCCACUCUCUUCCCAUCGUCCCUGCAUCCCCUCGCCCUUUGCACAACUUUACCCUCUGUCUCUACCCUCUAUCUGACACCCCUCCCCACCCUCCCCCCCUCUCUCCUCCCUCUCCCCCGCCACCUUUGCCUGUUGGGGCGGCAUGCUGGGAGGAGAAUGCUCCCUUCUUGUACCACCAUCCCACUCCGUCCUGUCUCCUCUUCUUCCUGCACCCCCCUUUUCCCACCGCCCUCCUCCAUGCAGGCCCUCACUCCCCUCAACCCCUUCUACCCUUCCCUCUCGUCCUUCCACGCAUCUUCCAUAUGGUUGGAUGUGAUCAACACCACGGUCAUGCCUGCCUUUCAACCCUGGCACUACUCCCUUUCCGCCCUGCCUGCCCCCUCGCCUGGCGUGUCCCCACCACCUUCACCAGCACCACCGGUACCAGCGCCGGCGUCGCUGGGGGCUGUGCUCAGCAGCGCGCUGACUGCACUGCAAGGCACCCACAUCGAUGUCUUUGGCCGUGCCGUUGUUCUCCGAGUGCUUCUCAACCUGCUUGCUGACCUCCACCAGCCACUGCACUGUGCCGACAGGCAGCACGUGGGGGGGGGCGAGGCAGCAGGCGGGGGCGUGGAGGGCGGAGAGGGGGUGGGGCCCGUGGGGGGCGGGGGGUGGGCGCGGCAGGUGGCGGUGGAGCAGUACGUGGUGGAUGAGGCGGACACACUCUUUCACUUCUGGUCCGCCUCCUCGCCCCCCCCCUGCCUCCUCCUCCCUUCCAUGCCUUCCCCGGUGCUGGAGGCAGCAGGGGGGGCGUUUGAGGAGGUGGCGGGGGCGGUGAGGGGCGACCGUGCACGACCAGCAGCAGCAUUUCACGUGGAUGAGAGGGACGUGCGCGCUGCUGCCCUCGCCCUCGCUGCUCAGUUCCCGCUCUCCGCCUUCACUCCACGCGAGGUGCAGGAGGUGGAUCUGGCAGCGUGGGCGGCAGGCAGCGGCAGCAUCACGGCAUCUGUAGUGUACUCUGGUCCCCUGCAGACCGCUGCUGCAGCAGCAGCAGCAGCAGCAUCGGUGCCUGGGACGGCUAGCCCCGUGCUGCUCACUCACGACUACAACAUCCAUGUUCAGGAGGUGGCCAAGUCGCAGUUGGCGCUAGCAGCAUACCGCCUGGCAGCGCUGCUCAACGCCUCCUUCCCACAGCCGCUCUCCCAGGACCCUGACACCUACUCCCCCUGCAUAUCGCUGCAAGAUGCGGAGGAGCGGGGGGCGAGGGCAGCGCCUCUACUGGCAACAGCACUGGGCAUGGCGGUGGCAGUGGCGCUGGCACUGGUGGUGAUGCUGUACCGGGAGAGGGAGAGCAUGCAGCGGCAGAUCAGGGACCUACAGCAGCACAUGCACCAGGACCCACACAGCCCCUCUGGGGGCCUGCUGGCCUCCUCCCAGGGCUUGUGA